CAGCCUGCAGUAGUGGGUCUGUUGUCUCAAUCCUUCCACCAGAUCCCUAGGAUGAAGCUGCUGGUGGUCGCCGCCUGGGUGGCGGCCGUGGCCGUGGCCGUGCCGCUCGACUCCCGGGUCGAGGACCAGGACGAGCUGGAGAUGCACGAGAUGAACGCGCCCACCUACCAGGAGGUGCAGCAGCAGAUGGGCCUCGGCGACGGCGCCUCCCUCUCCCGCUCCGGUCAGGUGCUGGACUCGGUGUUCUGGAAGGAGAUCGCCCAGGACAUCCUGAGGACCAAGCUGGCCGAUCCCGUGUACGAUCAUCAGGCCAAGAACGCCGUGCUCUUCAUCGGAGACGGUAUGUCCAUCGCCACGCUGGCGGCCGCCAGAAAGCGCAAGGGUCUCCUUAACGGCGCUGAUGUGCCCGAGCACACCAUGCUCUCCUGGGAGACCUUCCCCUACCUGGGACUGUCCAAGACGUACAACUGCGACCGCUGGACGGCCGACUCCGCCUCCACGGCUACCGCCUACCUGACCGGCGCCAAGGGCAACUUCCUCACGGUCGGUGUCGACUGCUCUGUCCUCAUCUGGAACUGCGAUGCCGUCAACGAGGCUUCCUCGCCCAAGUCGAUCCUCCGCUACGGAGUGGAGGCCGACAAGUGGGUCGGUCUGGUGUCCACCGCCCGUAUCACGCACGCCUCUCCCGCUGCCACCUUCGGCCACACCGCAUACCGUACCUGGGAGUCGGACGCCGACUUCGUCGCCAUGGAAUGGAUGACCGGGCCCGUCAAGGACUCGUGCAGGAACGCCAUGAAGGACCUGUCCACCCAGUUCGUCGAGCGUGAGGGCAUCGACAUCAACGUCGCCUUCGGUGGCGGCUGGGGCAAGUUCACGCCGAAGGAGGUCGAGGGUGGCUCACGUCUGGACGGCCGUGACCUGAUCCAGGAGUGGAAGGACAAGCAGGCCUCUCUGGGACGCAGCUACGCCUACCUGACCACCAAGGAUGAGCUGAACAACUUCGACGCCACUUCCGCCGACUACGUGCUGGGUCUGUUCAGCCGAAGCCACAUGCAGUACCGCGCCUUCCAGACCCCCGACGACGUCAACCUGACCGAGAUGGUGAAGAAGGCUCUGGAGAUCCUGAAGCGUGGACCGAACGGCUUCGUGCUGUUCGUGGAGGGCGCCAAGAUCGACCACGGCCACCACUACGGCAACGCAUACACGGCCAUCGACGAGACCAUCGAGCUGGAGGAGGUCGUUCAGCACGUCAUGGACAACACUGAUGAGUCGGAGACGCUGAUCGUGGUCUCCUCGGAUCACUCGCACACCUUCGGUAUCAACGGCUACCCGGAGCGCGGCCUGGACAUGUUCGGUCCGUCCUCGUUUCUGGCCGGCGGUAUGCAGAAGGGAGGCCCGCCGCCCAAGCUGCCCUACCCUAUCAUGCAGUACGCCAACGGCCCGGGAGGCACCGAGGACUGGGCUGAGUUCGAGGCCAAGCGCGCUCGUCUGACCGACAUGAGCGAGACGGCCGAGUGGCGCGACCCGCACUACAAGCAGAUCGCCGGUAUCUACCUGCCCAAGGAGACCCACGGUGGAGAGGAUGUGGGCAUCUUCGCGCGCGGUCCGGGCGCCCACCUCCUGCGUGGCAGUUUGGAGGAGAAUGUCAUCCACCACGUCAUAAACUACGCCCUCUGCCAGGGAGACUUUGCCACCGUGUGCGACAAGAAAUAAAUGAAUGAAUUGCCUAGGAUACCGAUACCAACAAAACAGAAUUGAUGAUGAUUGUCGAUUGAUCA